UAUCAAGAUAAAGAGGAGGUUGUCUUAUGGAUGAAUACUGUUGGGCCCUACCACAAUCGCCAAGAAACAUAUAAGUACUUUUCACUUCCAUUCUGUGUGGGGUCAAAAAAAAGUAUCAGUCAUUACCAUGAAACUCUGGGAGAAGCACUUCAAGGAGUUGAAUUGGAAUUUAGUGGUCUGGAUAUAAAAUUUAAGGAUGAUGUUAUGACAGCUACUUACUGUGAAAUUGACUUAGAUAAAGAAAAGAGAGAUGCAUUUGUGUAUGCUAUCAAAAAUCACUACUGGUAUCAGAUGUAUAUAGAUGACUUACCUAUCUGGGGUAUUGUUGGUGAAGCAGAUGAAAAUGGAGAAGAUUACUAUCUUUGGACCUAUAAGAAACUUGAAAUAGGCUUUAAUGGAAAUCGAAUUGUUGAUGUUAAUCUAACAAGUGAAGGAAAGGUGAAGCUGGUUCCGAAUACUAAAAUACAGAUGUCGUAUUCAGUAAAGUGGAAAAAGUCAGAUGUAAAAUUUGAAGACCGAUUUGACAAAUAUCUUGAUCCAUCCUUUUUUCAACAUAGGAUUCAUUGGUUUUCAAUUUUCAACUCCUUCAUGAUGGUGAUCUUCUUAGUGGGCUUAGUUUCAAUGAUUUUAAUGAGAACUUUAAGAAAAGAUUACGCCCGGUACAGUAAAGAAGAAGAAAUGGAUGAUAUGGAUAGAGACCUAGGAGAUGAAUAUGGAUGGAAGCAGGUCCAUGGAGACGUAUUUAGACCAUCAAGUCACCCAUUGAUAUUUUCCUCUCUCAUUGGCUCUGGAUGUCAGAUAUUUGCUGUGUCUCUCAUUGUUAUUAUUGUUGCAAUGAUAGAAGAUUUAUAUACAGAGAGAGGAUCAAUGCUCAGUACAGCUAUAUUUGUCUAUGCUGCUACAUCUCCAGUGAAUGGUUAUUUUGGAGGAAGUCUAUAUGCUAGACAAGGAGGAAGGAGAUGGAUAAAGCAGAUGUUUAUUGGGGCAUUUCUUAUUCCAGCUAUGGUGUGUGGUACUGCCUUCUUCAUCAAUUUUAUAGCCAUUUACUACCAUGCUUCAAGAGCCAUUCCUUUUGGAACAAUGGUGGCUGUUUGUUGCAUCUGUUUUUUUGUUAUUCUUCCUCUAAAUCUUGUUGGUACAAUACUUGGCCGAAAUCUGUCAGGUCAACCCAACUUCCCUUGCCGGGUCAAUGCUGUGCCUCGUCCUAUACCAGAGAAAAAAUGGUUUAUGGAGCCUGCGGUUAUUGUUUGCCUGGGAGGAAUUUUACCUUUUGGCUCAAUCUUUAUUGAAAUGUAUUUCAUCUUCACAUCUUUCUGGGCAUAUAAGAUCUAUUAUGUGUAUGGCUUCAUGAUGUUGGUGCUGGUCAUCCUGUGCAUUGUGACCGUCUGCGUGACCAUCGUGUGCACGUACUUCCUGCUAAAUGCAGAGGAUUAUAGGUGGCAAUGGACAAGUUUUCUGUCUGCUGCAUCAACUGCAAUCUAUGUUUACAUGUAUUCCUUUUACUACUAUUUUUUCAAAACAAAGAUGUAUGGCUUAUUUCAAACAUCAUUUUACUUUGGAUACAUGGCGGUAUUUAGCACAGCCUUGGGGAUAAUGUGUGGAGCAAUUGGUUACAUGGGAACAAGUGCCUUUGUCCGAAAAAUCUAUACUAAUGUGAAAAUUGACUGAGACCCAAGAAAACCAGGAACUUCGGAUCAAUUUCUCUUUCCAAGGGGUGGAUCUUGCACAACAAAAAAGCGCAAGAAGAGAUUUUGGGCUUAACACUGGGUACUUUGUGGAUGUCUCUUUCAUGGAUGGCUUAAAGUAACAUCUAUUUCCAUUGAUCCUAGGUUCUUACUGACUGCUUUCUCCAACUGUUCACAGCAAAUGCUUGGAUUUAUGCAGUAGGCAUUACUACAGUACAUGGCUAAUCUUCCCAAAAAACUAGCUCAUUAAAGAUGAAAUAGAUCAGCUCUCUUCAGUGAAGAGGACAAAUUGUUUAUUUAAAGCAUUUGUUCCAAUAAAAUAAAUAGAGGGAAACUUGGAUGCUAAAAUUUUACAUGAGUAGAAAUUUUCCUGGCACUUAGUGUUUCUAUGUUGCUGAAAAAUGAUGUUCCAGAAAGAUGACUUUUUUCCUCUUAUUUUUACUGCCAUUGUCGACCUGUUGUGGGACAUUUUUAUAUAUUGAAUCUGGGUUCUUUUUGACUGGUUUUGUUUUUUUUUCCCAACUCAACUGCAUCCGUUUUUUUUUAAGAGAAAAAUUUAAAUUCUGCAUGUAAUAUAUCUACUGUCAUCUUAGUUGGACCAACUUCCCAUUUGUUUAUCUUAUAAUGAUCCAGUUAUGUCUUAAUUCUAUCCAAAGAAGAUACAGUCUGAAGAUAGAGGUGUACUCUCUACAAUGCAAUUUACUGUACAGUUAGAAAGCAAAAAAUAUUAAAUGGAGAAGAUACUUGCUUUUAUUAAACAUCCUGAGAUUUAGAUAAACUACAUUUUAACUGAAUGUCUACAGUGAUUAUCAUUUUUUUCCCCCAAGUUAGUCUUACAUCUUUUUGGGUUUGAAUGAAGGCUUUACAUAAGAAAUUAUUAAAAGCAAGGGGGGAUGGAUAAUUAAUGUAUAUAACAUUAAAUAAUGUAAUGUAGGUGUAGAUUCUCAAAUGCAUUUGGAUGUACAGAUUGACUGAGGAGUACUUUUUUCUGAUGAUGAUUGGUGUAGAAAUGUGUGAAUUUGGGUGGCCUUUUACAUCUUGCCUACCAUUGCAUGAAACAUUGGGGUUUCUUCAAAUGUGUGUGUCAUAAUUCUUUUGGGGUGGGGGGUUGUUUUCUUCUGUUUCUUUUCUGAAACUCCUACAGGAGCUAAAUUUGUAAUUUAGAAACAUUUAAUUUUGUUAAUUCUGUCUGGGACAUUUAAGUAACAUCUAAAGCAUUACUGCUUUAGAAUGUUCAAAUAAAAUUUCCUGACCAAGUUGUUUUGUGGAAAUAGAUGUGUUUGCAGUUUGAAGAUACCUGUUCAAAAGACAAUAUUAAA